AUGGCUUUUCCAGAUUUCCAAACGGAUUUUCCGCCGGACGUCACCAUGGCGCGCCGGCACGGUGGCACGGCGGCCCCGAUGACGCCGCAAGUGGUGUGCGGCCCUGACUGCUGCGACAGAUUUCAGGUCUUGAACCAUCCGCAUUUGGGCCUUUCGUUGAAGCCAGGGCAGAUCUAUAGCAGAUGUCAGCUCGAGAGCAAAUGCAAGGGUGAUGCCAGCAAGGUUCGACUACUUGCCAGCGCACUGAAGCGAGUGGAUUUGUUUCAGAAGGUGGUACCACAGGCCGCACCAGGGACGCCAGCAACCCCGCAAAAGACACGAAGGAAGGGGAAACAACCGGAUGCGACUGCGAGCAGCGAGCCGGCUCCAAUGACACCAGCAAAGAGGAGCAGAAAAGAAGAAGUGAUGGCACCCACCACGCCUUGCGGUGCAAAGACCCCGCGCGUGAAUGGCACGGCAACGCCCAUCUUCAUCCCCACGCCGGAGUGCCGCUCGCCCGGCACUCCGCGAGCGCCUGGGACACCUCGGGCGCCCAAGGGCGCGGCGAGUGCGGUGGGAGCGGUGCGCCAUGCGCAACGCUUUCGAGAUCUGAAGAGGAGCUCGACCGCCACACGGGUCAUGGCCUUCGAAAGCAUGGCGCUUCAGAAAACACAGCAUCCGAUGUUGAUGGACGCCGGAAUCGUAGAGCUGCUGGGCAAACCUUCCUUGCAGGAGGCCUUGACAAAGGGAGAUUUGGAGCUUGCCGUUGCGACCUUGAGCUUAUUGUUAGAGCUGCCGUUGAACGCCUUAGCCUUGGUGGGCCUCCAACGGCUCUUCAAAUCCCUGCGCGAGACGAUGCCCGUGGUGCGCUUCUUGCUGCGCGCCAUCAACGCCUCCAGCGACGAACCCAAAGUGGUGGAUGAUAUUGAGGACUUCUUUGAUAUGACGGCUCGCCCAGCGCCGCGCGGACUACCACCUGGCUCAGCGAGUCCGGGAGGCUCCUCCAAGUUGCUGAAGCGGCUUCGGGGGUAA